AUGUCUACAUCUUGCUUUGAAUAUCCGUCCCUCGACAAGACAAAGUCGCAAAUCCGCCUCCUCGAAAUACUGCCCCAGGCCGACCACAGCUUGCAAUGCUCUCUGACGACAUUUCAUACCUCGGCAUGUCCGCGGUACAUUGCUCUGUCGUAUGUUUGGGGAGACGAUGAGCCGACCAACACCAUCGUCAUCAACGGGCAACCCUUUGAGAUACGGAACAACCUGAGCCAUGCAUUGCCGCGCUUGGCGGACCUCCAAGCCCAGCGAGAUGAGAAGCACUUUUGGAUUGAUGCCAUCUGCAUCAACCAAAAGGACACGGGGGAACGCAAUCACCAAGUCGGGAUGAUGAACGACAUCUUCACCCAGGCCAGUCUGACAGCCUCCUGGUUGGGUCUAGGGCAGGAGACCUCUGAACUUUUGCCAUCUGCGCAGACUACUUGGCCAGAGCCUGGCACCAGUGCCUUCUUGGCGAAAAUUGAUUGCAAUACGUAUUUCCAACGAAUGUGGAUCGUUCAAGAGGUCAUGCUCUCCCGGGACAUAUGGGUCUUAUGCGAUAACGUAAUAUGCCCGUGGGAAAAGCUGGCAGAAUUUUGGCUUGUCAGUAGCCGAACUAAGUGCGAUCUCAACAGGAGCAGACUUGCAGCGGCCUCCAUCGCUUCUAAAGGUGUUGCUGCGGAUCUAUCACUGGCCAGCUUGAGCUCAGCCAUAUUCUGGCGGGGGUUCUUCCACGCUAACAAAGAGUUCCGUGGGGAGUUGCGACUAGAACAACUCUUGAACUCGUUUCUCGAUCGAGAAUGCCACGAUCCUAGGGAUAGGAUCUAUUCCUUACUUGGUCUUCUGCCCCGCGAAACAUUGCAGUCGAAUCCAUUGCCGGUCGACUAUGAUAUUAGUCUAGAGGAUCUUUUCAGCUUGGUAUUACAACAUCUGGAUCAGUCUUCAGCGGGUGUAAAUUCUAAGUGGCCCCCUGGUUUUGGCGAUGUUGAAUUUUCGCGAGACUAUAAUGCCCGCAAUCUGCGAAUGGCUCUGAAUCUAGAGAGUUAG